CGGGUUCGAUCCCCGGCAACGGCGAAAUUUUUCAUUUUCUUCAAUGCAUUGAAACGGCACCGUUUUUGUGUUUUAAAAUCAUUUGGGUUUGGGUGUGUUGGAGGGAAAGCGUAUAAAGGCCGCGAAAGUCUCUGAUUUUUCAUUCCCGCCAUUGAAAACUUCUCAAACUCUUCUGGGAAGUGCGAUGCUUUGAUUUGACGAGCUCAGAUACUCUGCGCUUUUAAUAUGAAGAAGCUCAAAUGCAUGGACGAUAAACCAGACGGUCUAGAAAUCACCUCCAUAGGCUCUCUCUAUCGUGGUCCGUGGGAGAAGAAGUACUGGAGCUCCUCUAGGGGAAAAGAUCGAUAUCCAUAUCCGGUUGGGUAUCAAGCUGUUCGAGCACAUAACGGGAGUGUAUACAAAUUGGAAAUUAAUGAGGGUCCUAAAGGACCUGUAUUCAUGAUUACCUCUGCUGAUGGACAUUCGUCGUCUGGGCAAACUCCAGAUAUUUCGUGGGAGAAAUUCCAAAAGAACUGUUCUUCUCGUACGAAAAUUUGGCAUGGGAAGAGAUUUUCGUGCAACAUAGAUGGUGUGGAGUUUUUUGGAUUUAAAAAUCCAUUUGUUCAGAGAUUACUUCGAGAAAUGGUGGCAAAUGUUAGUGGAACAGCAGAACAGAAUUUAUUAUCCUCCAGCUCCUGCACAGAGGCUCCUAAAGAAGAUCUUAUUAGUCAUGGCUCAGAUGCAUGUAACCUGCCAUAUUUGGCAAGUUCUCAUAUCACGGGAAAAAGAAGUAGGAGACGUGAAAUCACCAGUAUAAAGUCAUCCAGCAAGGUUAACCGCAAAAGAUCAAGGCCUGAAGAUCUGAAAAACGUUGCUGAGGCUAUAGACCCAGUAGAAGAGAACAAAGAGAGUGCUAACUGUAAACAUCCCCCAGUCUUGUCACCUUCCAUGAAUUCAAUAGCUUUUCAAGAAGAAAAGAGUCACGUUUCAGAAAAUGACUUGCAAUCAAAUUCAUUGGACAUCUCCAGUCACGUUAAAAGUCUCGUCCCUGCUGAAGAAACAAUGCUGCUUAUUACUUCAGGAAAUUGUACAUCCACUGGUCUAACUGGAACAGUGCCCAACAAGGAAAAUAUCCUUGACAGGUUACCAGGUCCAGGAGAUUGCCCUGACGAGAACUCAGUUGAUCUUUAUGCUCCUGAUUCCUUAGAUCUUGUGCAAGAUAUUUCUAAAGGUCCAGGAGAUUGCCGCGACAAGAAUGAUAUUGAACUUUAUGCUCCUGAUACCUUGGAUCUUGUGCAAGAAGAAAUUAUUGCAGCAGACAUGGUCAUUUCUGAAGGUUUGGCGAGUGAACCAAAUCCAGAAGAAGAAUUAGGCACGUCCAAUUCCGGAAAGAGUGACAAUGAUUCAGUUGGUCAAGAAACUGCCAAGUCUAUGAUGAAAUUUCUGCUUCCCCAAGCAAUUCCCUUGCUCAAGAAGUCUUCAAGGAAGAAAAAUGCUGGCGUUAGCUCUUUGGAAAUUCUGUCUUGUGGGGUGCAUUCUGAAAACCAGAACAAAGCGGUAACGAAUGCUGAAAAUAAAAUGGUGGAUAUGAAGGAACGGAUGAAUAUCCAGUGCACAAGUCUUGGUUCUUCAGAUGCAAGAAAAUGCAUCAUGGUUGACAAUUUAGCAGAUCAUCUGAGUGUUCACCAAGUAUCUUAUCAUGAGAUAUUGCCCUCUGGUGAUUCCAAUGCUGAUCAAAUUAGUUUUCACGAAGAAGCAAGCCCUUGUAACACUCUUGGACUCCCUAUUGGUGUUCAGGAGCAUAACGAGCCAUUAGAUUGUUGUCUUGAGACCAUUGAAAGCAAAGAUAAAUUAUGUUAUAAUGAAGUAAAUGUGGAGCCAAGUGGAACAUUUUGUCAGGCUGAUGAUGAUAUAUCCGAGAGUCUGCCAAGUUGCAAUAUCUCCAACCAAAAAGAAUUUGCUGAAGAAAUCAGGGAUACUUGUGCGAGCAUAGAUGAAAACUUAGGAGCUGUCAGUACAGAUGAUGAUGUCAAAUCUCAAGGCAUGUUAAGUUCUCUGAGUAUGCCACUAGAAGGAUCUGGUGUUAAAACAAUGGUUGAAGAAACUGACAGCAUGUCAUUCACUCAAGCACCAAGUUUAGUAUAUUCCAGACGAAAAAAAGUCCAUUGUGUAAAUCUGAAAAGUAAAUACAGGGCCCCUCUCUCAGAAAGUAUUAUAUGCAGAACUUUUGCGGAUAGUUGUGUCCCUGAAACAUCUACUGCCACAGGAAAUUUUACUAAUCUGGAGGCAUUGGAAAUGGGCUGGUCUGACAGAUCACGUAAAGAUGUUAUUGGUGCUGAAUCCAUGAUUUCAGGACCAUCCAAGAGAACUCCUGCAUAUAUACAUACAACUGAUUGUAAAAGUCUACUAAACAAUAUGGUUUCUGCUGUAUCUCAAGAUCAAUCAAUUAUGUGUGUGUCUAGUCUUCAUGUUGACAAGGAGAUAAGGCAUGAGAAUCCCUUAGUGCCAAAGAGUUCUGAAUCAUGUAAGAAGCAGGCAACAAGUAACUCCAACAGCUCUUCAUAUAUUGCCGAAGAAUUUCAAUACAGUCCAGACUUCAAGUCAAAAAGCAUGCCCAUAGAAAAGGAUUUACUUGGUAUUUUUGACCUUGUUGGAUGCUAUGUCCACCCACUUCCUGUGUUGUCCCUAAUGGUGAGCACUGGAGGCAAAGAGAUCCACAUUUGUGUUUUAUGUGGCCUUCUCAUUGAUAAGAACAGGACCCUUUUUAUCUACAAGGUAGCAACUCAAGAACCCACAGCUGGAAAUCCCUCUUUUGUGGGUCACACAUCAGUAGCAUUGCCGGUUCUAAAAGACUAUUUUGGUAGAGAAAUUGCUCUUGAAAGAUCUGGUUUGCAGUUCACUCCAGGAGGCCAAUAUCUUCUUCUACUUGACAGCAUAAGGACUCCUUAUUGCAGACAAGGGAGAAUUCCUUGUAUGUGCUCAGCAUGUGCGUCAAGCAGCUUUGAGGGGAAUGCAGUGAAGAUUGUUGAAGUAAACCUUGGUUAUGUUUCAGUAGUGGGAAAACUGACAACAGCUGAGAGUUUACAACAUCUUUUGGUUUGUGAACCCAACCAUCUUGUUGCUGUUGGAGAGAGUGGGAGAUUGCAUCUGUGGGUUAUGAAUUCAACAUGGAGUGCACAGGUUGAGAAGUUCAUCUUGCCUGCUAAUGAUUUUAUAUCCCCUGGUAUAGUGGAGAUAAAGAAAAUUCCCAAGUGCACUAGUCUUGUUCUCGGCCAUAAUGGUUUUGGACAAUUUAGUUUAUGGGACAUUUCAAAACACAUCAUUGUUUCAAAGUUCACUACAUCAAGCACUUCCUUUUGUGAAUUCAUUCCAGUCGGUUUGUUUAGUUGGCAAAAGAAAGGCCAAAGUUUCAGAGACACAAACGUAGAAGGAUGUGUCCAUAGAAUGAUAACUGCAACAAAUAUGUGGUUUUCAGAACAGACCAAUAAUGAUUCCUCUUUACAAUUAGAUGGGGAAGAUGUCGCUGUAUGGCUUCUUGUCUCUGUUAUGCCCGAUUCUGAUGUCAAUCAUGACUAUAUAUCAAGUGAUUAUCAAACAAAAUCAGUAGGAUGGUGGAGGCUUGCUCUACUGGUGAAAAAUACGGUAAUCAUGGGAAGUGCAUUGGACCCAAGUGCUGCUGCCAUCGGAGCCUCAGCUGGUCACGGGAUCAUUGGCACAAGUGAUGGGCUUGUGUACAUAUGGGAACUGUCUACUGGAACUAAACUCGGAACUUUGCAUCAUUUUAGAGGUAGCAAUGUUUCAUGUAUUGCCACUGAUGAUUCAAUGAAAGGUGCAUUAGCCGUUGCUGGUGGGGAUGGUCAGUUGCUGGUAUAUCUGCAUUCGCAGAAAAAUAUUAGUAACUAGGUAAGAACGAAGCAAAUUGUUUUUGUUUCAUUUCAUGCUCUAGUCUCCGACUAAAGUCCCCAUUCAGCUAGGCAACACAGAAAUUUUUUUGCCUUUUGCUUUGUGAAUUAAAGUAAAUAAUCUGUCCAUUUUUUUAAGGAGAAAACGAAAUCAAUUUAACAUUUAUAAUC